AUGGCUCAUCGUCGAAGGGAUGAUCAUAUUUUGCACGAUCAAAAUGUUAAAAUUGCGAAAAGUUACGAUACCAAUGAUCCAAUCAUUCAAUAUUGCACAAAUAUAUCAGUGAAGCAAGAUGUCAUGGAGAAAAAGCUUUGCGAAAUAACUAUGCGAAUUCGUAAAGAUUAUAUCAUGCUUGGAGCACCUGAAGUGCUUCAAAUGGGAAAAAAUAUGAUCAAAUUAAUUAAGGCUAAGCGUAUUUUGGAUAUUGGUACAUUUACGGGAGCAUCCGCACUAGCAUGGGCUCUUGCUUCGCCAUCAGAUGCUGAAAUAUUAUCGAUGGAUGUGUCGCAUGAAAGUUUAAAUAUUACAGAAAAAGAAAUUUUUGGAAAAAUUCCAGAUAUUGCCAAGAAGAUCAAUUUUAAAUUGGGACCUGCUUUAGAAACAUUGGAUGCUUUGAUAGCUAAUGGUCAGUCUGGAAAGUGGGAUUUCGCGUUUAUUGAUGCCGAUAAGGUGAAUUAUCCAAAUUAUUAUGAACGAUGCGUUCAACUGCUGCGGUCAGGUGGAAUUGUACUCAUUGACAACGCUCUAUGGAAUGGUGAAGUUGUUCGAGAAUAUAAAGAUUGUGCCACUCAAUGCAUCGACAAGACUAACCAGCUGGCCUCUGAGGAUAACCGCGUUGACAAUGUUCUGCUCACUCUUGGUGACGGCACACACCUAAUUUUUAAGCGUUAA